ACACUUUCUCAUCUAUAUGAUCUUCGUAAUAUAUGACUGUAUCGUUCAAACAUUUUCUACGGUUAUGUAUACGUAUGUACACAUGCAAGUGUUUUUAUCGUUUGCAUAAAUUUAUACAGUGAUUUGAUAACUCUUGUUUAUCGGUGCAAGAUGCGACGUCUCGAAGCGUUUUCUUAUAGUCUCCUCCUCCGCUCUCCUCUACAUACAUAACUUCAUCUUAAUGUAAUAAAUGUAAAAAAUAACCUGUUCCCGUCAAGGUAAACAUUGCAGUAAAUAAUGCAUUUUUUUCGCUAUAAUAGCAGCGGUUUAAAUUAAUUCACGUGUUUGUAGCAUUCUUCUUGUUUCGAUCGACCUUUCUGAUUUACGUCACCAUUAUAACGCUCAUGUUUGUAUUUAGGUGUUUAUAUAUUAGGUUACAUGCAGUGUGGAUACAGAAAAAAAUAUUCAUUUAGAUAACGAUGUUUGAAUUUAUUGGCUCCUCUGAUGAUAAACUGUGAUAACCCAUCAUCAUUUAUAACCUUCACAGUCAGCUGCUCCCCAAUCUUUUAUAUAAAUAUCAUUCCUGUUAAAGUAUUUUGCUUGAGAACAUAUAUAUUCUAACACACAGUUUAGGAGUUUAUUAUUAUAUCAAAAGAAAGUCUUAAAUAAUUGUGUAAUAUGGCAUCAAAAAUAGUAGUUGUCGGUUCAAUUAUGAUUGAUUUUACUAGUUUCUCUCCACGGUUACCCAAACCUGGUGAAACACUAAUUGGAACUAAAUUUGAAAAGAAAUAUGGUGGUAAAGGUGCCAACCAAUGUGUGACAGCUGCUAAGCUUGGUGCAUCUACAGCACUUAUUGCUUCAUUGGGUUAUGACACAUUUGCUCAGGAAUAUUUAGAAAUUUUGAAAACAGAAAAUGUAGAUGUAUCUCACGUCCAGAUACAAAAAGAUAAGCAUAGUGGUAUUGCUCACAUCACUGUAGCCGAAGAUGGGGAGAACAGUAUCGUUAUCGUAUUAGGUGCAAAUGAAUCUCUUACUCCGGAACACGCGGAUUCUGCUGUUGAUGUGAUUAAGAGCGCUAGCGUUUUAUUAUGCCAAUUCGAAGUUCCACUGGAAACUACGCUGCAUGCGUUAAAAUUGCAUCGGGGUCAUGGAUUUUCGAUUGUCAACGGGGCGCCCGCGCGGGCAAAUUUUGAUCCGGAAAUCCUGAAACUAUGUGAUCUUUUCUGCGUCAAUGAGACUGAGGCGGAAGUUACGACGGGCAUUCAACCCGUAGACUUGUCAAACGUACAACAAGUCGUGGAUAAGCUUCUGGAUAAGGGAUGCAAUGCGAUUAUCCUUACUCUCGGCUCGCUGGGGGCUGUGUAUGCGUCAAAAACGAACAGAAACGUCACGCGAAUUCCUGCCAUCAAGGUCCAUCCGGUAGAUACUACCGGUGCCGGGGAUGCAUUUUUGGGCGGGCUCGCAUAUUUCAUGGCUUACCAUCCGAACUUACUGAUGGAUGAGUGUAUCCGAAGAGCUUGCGUAGUCGCCACGCAUUCGGUCCUUCAAUUCGGCACGCACGCAAGUUUUCCAAGGAGAAGCGAUUUACCAGCAGAUUUGUUCACGUGAAAGUGAAGAGUAUAAAAAUGUGUUUUAUUGUAGGAACUUUAUGUUUUAUUCCCUCGAAAACUCUUUUUAAAUAUAAGACGUUUUCGAAAUAAAGUAGUUGAUGAAAAAUA